CUCCUCCGGCGGGGGGAGGUGGAGGCGCGUCCGGGGGUUCGGGCGGGGGUGGAUACACCGGCUCGUCGGGUGGAGGAGGCGGCUCUAAGUUCGGCGGGGCUGGAAGUUCCUUCGGGGGCGGCGGUGGACAUGGUGGAUCGUCCGGAGGAGGUUCCUUUGGUGGAAGGGGAGGCUCAGGUGGAGGAUACGGCGGCUCUUCAGGUGGAUCGUCCGGAGGAGGUUCCUUUGGUGGAAGAGGAGGCUCGGGUGGAGGAUACGGCGGCUCUUCAGGUGGAUCGUCCGGAGGAGGUUCCUUUGGUGGAAGAGGAGGCUCAGGUGGAGGAUACGGCGGCUCUUCAGGUGGAUCGUCCGGAGGAGGUUCCUUUGGUGGAAGAGGAGGCUCAGGUGGAGGAUACGGCGGCUCUUCAGGUGGAUCGUCCGGAGGAGGUUCCUUUGGUGGAAGAGGUAGCUCGGGUGGAUCCUUUGGUGGAAGGGGAGGCUCAGGUGGAGGAUACGGCGGCUCUUCAGGUGGAUCGUCCGGAGGAGGUUCCUUUGGUGGAAGAGGAGGCUCAGGUGGAGGAUACGGCGGCUCUUCAGGUGGAUCGUCUGGAGGAGGUUCCUUUGGUGGAAGAGGAGGCUCAGGUGGAGGAUACGGCGGCUCUUCAGGUGGAUCGUCUGGAGGAGGUUCCUUUGGUGGAAGAGGAGGCUCAGGUGGAGGAUACGGCGGCUCUUCAGGUGGAUCGUCUGGAGGAGGUUCCUUUGGUGGAAGGGGAGGCUCAGGUGGAGGAUACGGCGGCUCUUCAGGUGGAUCGUCUGGAGGAAGUUCCUUUGGUGGAAGAGGAGGCUCAGGUGGAGGAUAUGGCGGCUCUUCAGGUGGAUCGUCUGGAGGAGGUUCCUUUGGUGGAAGAGGUAGCUCGGGUGGAUCCUUUGGUGGAAGGGGAGGCUCAGGUGGAGGAUAUGGCGGCUCUUCAGGUGGAUCGUCUGGAGGAGGUUCCUUUGGUGGAAGAGGUAGCUCGGGUGGAUCCUUUGGUGGAAGAGGAGGCUCAGGUGGAGGAUACGGCGGCUCUUCAGGUGGAUCGUCUGGAGGAGGUUCCUUUGGUGGAAGAGGUAGCUCGGGUGGAUCCUUUGGUGGAAGAGGAGGCUCGGGUGGAGGAUACGGCGGCUCUUCAGGUGGAUCGUCUGGAGGAGGUUCCUUUGGUGGAAGGGGAGGCUCAGGUGGAGGAUACGGCGGCUCUUCAGGUGGAUCGUCCGGAGGAGGUUCCUUUGGUGGAAGAGGAGGCUCGGGUGGAGGAUACGGCGGCUCUUCAGGUGGAUCGUCCGGAGGAGGUUCCUUUGGUGGAAGAGGAGGCUCGGGUGGAGGAUACGGCGGCUCUUCAGGUGGAUCGUCCGGAGGAGGUUCCUUUGGUGGAAGAGGAGGCUCGGGUGGAGGAUACGGCGGCUCUUCAGGUGGAUCGUCCGGAGGAGGUUCCUUUGGUGGAAGAGGAGGCUCGGGUGGAGGAUACGGCGGCUCUUCAGGUGGAUCGUCCGGAGGAGGUUCCUUUGGUGGAAGAGGAGGCUCGGGUGGAGGAUACGGCGGCUCUUCAGGUGGAUCGUCCGGAGGAGGUUCCUUUGGUGGAAGAGGAGGCUCAGGUGGAGGAUACGGCGGCUCUUCAGGUGGAUCGUCCGGAGGAGGUUCCUUUGGUGGAAGAGGUAGCUCGGGUGGAUCCUUUGGUGGAAGAGGAGGCUCGGGUGGAGGAUACGGCGGCUCUUCAGGUGGAUCGUCCGGAGGAGGUUCCUUUGGUGGAUCCUUCGGCAGUGGAUCGUCUGGAGGAGGCAGUUUGGGGGGCUAUGUCCCUCCCGGAACUGGUGGCUCCUCCGGAGGUGGAUCUUUCGGUGGAAAAGGAGGAUUUGGGGGUGGAAGUGGAUCGUUCGGUGGAAAAGGAGGAUCUGGUGGUGGCUAUGGCGGAUCAUCAAGCGGUGGAUCUUUUGGAGGUGGAUCCUUCGGUGGAAGAGGAGGAUCUGGAGGUGGAUCGUUUGGCGGAGGAGGAUCUGGUGGAGGAUACACCGGAUCAACAGGAGGAUCCUUCGGUGGAAGUGGAAGCGUCGGUGGUGGAUCCUUCGGUGGGGGAGGUUCCGUUGGUGGAGGAUAUCUUCCACCUAGCAGAGGAUAAAGGCUUCCUCUCAUUCUAUCUCUUUUAUCACAGAAGCUUUGUUAUCUGUUCCGAAUACUUUUAUGACUACGUCACAUUAAUAUACAUAUCUCUUCAUUUGAAUAAAGUUUAAUUUAUUCUAAUAAAUUAU